UUGCCUACUAUUUUUUAGUUUUUAAAGGGGUUCUUUUUAGGCCAGUCAUAGGUUACCACGGACCUAAAUAACUACCAACUUGACAAAAUGACAGCAAGUUUUUACCCCACAAUGUCUUAUCAUCAGUUCUGAAACUACACAAACUUCUACCAGACUCUUAGCCAAAUUAUAGCACCCCAGGGCGUAUCCUGAGUACGCAAAAUGAAAGCAUGAGACCACAAUGAUCCUUGUACACAUAGCACAUAGGCUUUUCCACCUAACCUAUCAGAAAACACUUGACCAAAGCCUCAAUCAAAAUCUUCAUCCCCCCCCUUCUCCUCCUCCUCCUCCAUGUGAAACAGAACUACAGAAGGCCCGAGACAUCUUCAACUGCAACGGCACUGUCCCAGUAUCUUCCCUCUUGGUGCGAAUGGAAGUACUGUGCCAGUCAUUUCUACUCCAUAUUCCUGCAUCACCCGGUCCUCACCCAAUUUUAGACCUGCUCAGUGAUGCUAAAAUGAAGAAGCCGGACACACAAUGUCAGUUGGUGAUCUUAUUGCUUGCAACGCACAUUGUUUGUGGUUUCUAUAAAGCCUGGCAGAUUGCUGCGAGACCAACGAAAUGAAACUGUUUAUUAUUUGGCUAUAAGUUUAUAUCCAAGAUCAAAAUUGGUUGAAAGAAUUGGGGUGACAAAGGGCCCCAAUCACAUACAAUAUGCAGUUAUAUUUGAAGCAUACUUCGCCAUUGGAGAUUUGAGACAACAUGCCUAAGAUAAAGACAAGCCGUGUGAAAUAUCCUGAAGGUUGGGAGCUUAUUGAGCCAACUCUUCGGGAUCUGGAGGCCAAAAUGAGGGAAGCUGAAAAUGAUCCACAUGAUGGGAAGAGGAAAUGUGAAGCUCUUUGGCCAAUCUUCCGUAUUUCUCAUCAAAAGAGUCGCUACAUAUAUGAUCUUUACUAUCGAAGGAAGGAAAUAUCAAAAGAGUUAUAUGAGUUUUGCUUAGACCAAGGUUAUGCAGAUCGCAAUCUGAUUGCAAAGUGGAAAAAGCCAGGUUAUGAGCGCCUCUGCUGCCUUCGCUGCAUACAGACACGAGACCACAACUUCGCAACCACUUGCGUCUGCAGAGUGCCCAAGCACCUCAGGGAGGAAAAGGUGAUAGAAUGUGUCCACUGCGGAUGCAGGGGCUGUGCCAGCGGUGAUUAAAGUUGCUAUCCUGUGGUUGUGGGAUAACCUCAAAACUGUUCGAAAUGUGCCAUUGUAUUUGAGCCGGUAUGCUGUGAACAAGCACCGUAUAAUCAGGUGGCGAGCGGUGAUUACAGUUUCCCAUCUCGUGGCUGCAAAAUAAUGUCGGACUAAUUGCUCGAGGUGGCUCGUUGUAUUGAUGAUGAUAUCUGUUGGGGACAGCACUGUAUAAUCAGUUGAUUUCAACCUGUGUGUGCAAUGUAUUGCAAAAUGCCAAAAUCAAAGUUAAAUUCAAGUGAUUACCUCCA